AUGGCUACUGUAAACCGGUUUUGUACUGUAGUGACUGCUUCAGAUAGGAUGGUACCUAGCCUUGGUUUUCCCCCACGGACGGUGGCGUUGAGCCGAGGUUCAUUUGAUGGGACGCAUUGGUCGCAAUUCAACACAAGGAUCAUUGGACUAUCGUAUUACUUUCAACUACGAUUUGAAGUACUCCAAUUCAAGAUAGCACUUAGCACCUUUAAUCAGGGGAAUGACAGACCACGGCCUUUUGUUGACAACCAUGAUUCGCUGUUGCUAUCCGAAAGUCACCGCUCCCCGGCCGGGCUCGACUCCGCAACUGCCAAACAAUCAUUUGUGACGCCACAGAGCCUGCGCGUACUUAAGACCAAGUCAACGUCUAUUGGGUAUCAUACCAGUCUCAAAGCCUCUAUCAGUCUUGAGACAAUCGGACCAAAACUAUCACGACCGACACCAACCACUAUGCCUCAAAUCACUCUCUGGUUCCUCCAAGCAUCUCGGAGUAUCCGCACGGCCUGGCUCCUCGAAGAGCUCGGUUUAGACCACGAUCUCAAAUUCUCUGAACGUGCGAAUCAGAAGGCCCCUGAGGACUUCAAGAUCAAUUAG